AUGAGUUUCUCACGUCCUCUGAGUCCCUCUCAACGGGGAGAAAUCGAGAAUCUUAUUGAGAAUGAGUGAGUUGAAAAAUUGCUUCUCACUUCAAAGUUUUUUUGUUCUAGUGAAAUCAGCGAAGCGUCUAUAACCCAGACGAUUCAUGAACGGUAUAAGAAACGGAAACCCUAUGUAAGUUUUGAAAUCGAACAUUUUUGAAGCAAUCUCCAUUAAAAUGCCAAUUUUCAGACCAAAGCAAGUGAAGUUCUAAUCGCUGUGAACAGUUUUGAGAAACUUCCAAUUUAUGGUUCGGCCAAUAUCAGACAGCACGCCGGGCCAAACAAGCAGUCGUGAGUUUUCUUUCAUUCUGAUCCCAAAUUUUGAAACUCUAGAAUUAAUAACAAAAAGAAAAUAAACAUACAUAAAUGAUAUAACAACGCUGAGAGAGCGAAAGCCGGGUUAAGUCGGUCGAGAUUUUGUCUCACUAUUUUGGUGGCCAGAUUAUCAAUUUUUCACUUCCAGGCAUAUCUACGGAGUUGCAAGAGCAGCUUUGGCCAGAAUCAUCGAUAAUGCUUCUACAACUGAAUCGAUCGUUUUGGGGUAUUUUUUGGCAGAAAAUGUGAACCCAAUUUAAUUUUUUUUAAGAGGAGAGUCGGCGUCUGGAAAGUCAUUCAACGCUCGGGAAGUCUUUCGAUAUUUUGCUUCACAGUCAAACUCGAGAAUUUCUUUGAAAGAGGUGGGAAAAAUAAUAAUAGUAGAUAUAGUUCGAAAGGACGGCGGAAAAUGAAUAAACAUCUGUUUUUACAGUCUUUUUUGUUAGCAUUCGACUCCUUCUCUCAGCUCAAAUAUUGAAACAUUGAGCUUCAGGCUGAUGCAAUUCACACAGUUCUAAGAAGUUUCGGAUGCGCUAGAACCCUGAAAAACGACGCCGCAACUCGUUUUGGAUACUCCUUAGACUUGCUCUACCAAAAGUCUGAAAUUCAAUUCUUCAAAUUUCGAAAAAACAGAGUUUCCAGGUCUCAAUUGUCAGGGAUCAACUUGAAAUACACGCUUCCUAUUGAAGUAUCACGAGUUGUGGCUCAAAAACCUGGGGAGAGAAAUUUCAACAUCUUCUAUGAAAUUUAUCAUGGGCUCCAUGAUGAUGCCAAGAAUGCCUUUGGAAUCAGGGACUUGCAGAUGUUUUUCUAUCUGAAUCAGGUAAACUAUUUGCUACGCUUUGAUUUAUACUGGCCACAUGUGGAAAUCCCAAACGCUGCGAAUCCAUUUAAAAUCCACAGAAGUGUCAUUAUUUUAGUUUCUCAACGCGUAAGUAGCUUUUAGUCGGAUGCCAAUUCAAAACAAGUAUUUGAAGUCGCUGGGCGCUGAGUCGUUCUUCAUUUGGUCAUUUAACUGAAAUUUUAUAUUCAGUAGAUUCGAAAAGCUUCGUUCAGGGAAAAACGACCAGUAAUGUGCAAGAAGAUGAAGAUCGUUUUGAUGCGUUAGAUAACGCCCUUGGAAUGAUUGGAUUUUCUGAAGACCAUCGAUUGAAUAUUUACAAAAUCGUGUCAACGAUUCUUCACAUUGGAAAUAUUUACUUCCGAAUGAAAAAGGGUAAGUUUUUUAAAAAUGUAUUAAUGAACACUGUAAUAUUUUUCAAUCUUUUUUUUGUCGAACAAAUCGCAUACAUUUUUGAUUCAUGAAGAUCUUCUUCCUGAAGCUAUUCUUUCAGAACCCAAAUGAAGGAACGGAAUAUCUCGAAAUCGGAAACAGCAGUGAGAUCAAGUGGAUCGCGUUUUUACUCGAGCUGGAAUAUGACGAUUUGAAAAAUUCGCUACUUCAAAGAAGCGGGGUAAAGUUUUCAUUUUUUUUUCCUCUGGAAAGAUAUUUCUUCAGAGAGAAGAAGGAGAUGAGCCGAUUCCGAUAGCCAGUAUAUCAGCUGCCUUGGAUAACCGGUAAAAAUCCCAGAAGUCGUUUUUCAAAGAGUAUCAUUUUUCAGAGACGCCUUGGCCAUGUUCCUGUACGAAGAACUUUUCAAAUGGAUUUUAUCGAGCAUCAGUCUUCAUUUCAAGUGUCCGAAACAUACUGGAACGAUUUCUAUAGUGGACUUCUACGGCUUUGAGGUAAUCAAUGGGGUUCCUGAUUUUUAUUUUGCUCCGAUUAGGAAAUCCUUCGUGGACCAUUUUAAUAACAGCGCGGUGAAAAUCAAGUUUACCAUCGAAUUGAUGUCACUGCUCGUAAGUAGUUUUGAGCCAAACGCAAAAAAAAAAAUGCUUAGCAGCCGUCCUUCAACUUUCCCACCUUUGAUCCUUCUAUUCUUUUAAGUUUUCCAGAGAUACAACAACAACGGACUGGAAGAAUUUAUUGUCAACAGUGUGAACGAACGAAUGGAAAAUAUUUUCGUGAAACACGCAUUUCACGACCAGCUGGUUGAUUAUUUGAAGGACGGUAUCAUGGUGGACUACAAGGUUUUAUCAAAUUGCCCGAACACUGUGUAAAAGCAUUUUUAGGUCCCAAGUUCCAUCGAAAACGGUAAAGUUGUCGAGCUUCUUUACAAAAAACCGUACGGAUUGCUGCCUUUGUUGACAGACGAGUGCAAGUUUCCAAAGGUUGAGUUGGUCAAAAUGAAGAUUUUUUAUUGAAUCUGUUAGGGGUCCGAUGAAACCUACGUGGAAAACUGCAACUUGAACCAUCUCGACAAAAGCUGCUAUGGAAAAGUGAGCGUCAAUUUUUUGCUAAUAAGGAAGUAAAUUUUCAAACUUCAGGCCAGAAGCAAAGAAAGAGUCAAGUUCUCUGUCCGUCACUAUGCUGGGACGAUUUGGUACAAUGCUCAAGAUUUUGUGAGAAAGAAUCGCAAAACUCUGUCUUCUGGACUUCAAAAAGCUCUUUCUGAAAGCCGGAACGCUGUAAGAAACUUAGAAAAAUUCAAAAUUUGUUAUUUUUUUAAAGGUAAUAUCGCUGUUAUUCCGGUCGAUCGAAGUCCGAGAAGGAGCUGAUCACAUCGUUUCAACAGCACAGGCAACGAUGAUUGGAUGCCAAACGUUGAUUGAUAAGAUCAAUGGGUUAGUUAUAAAAUUAUCUUGUUGAUUUACUCAAGUUCCGAUUGAGAGGAAUCAAUUAUGACAAAAAAAGGAAUAAAAAUGUUUAGAACUAAUGCCCAGUUUGUUCGUUGCAUCCGUUCCAACAACGAAAGACAACCCUUCAAAUUUGAUAUUCCUGUAGUCAACCGGCAAGUGAAGUCCCUUCUCAUCGCAGAACUGCUACGAUUCCGAACCCUUGGAUAUCCUAUCAAAAUCCUCAAACAGAAAUUUGCCCAGCAGUGAGUAUAAUCCUUCUGAAAACUUCAUUGAUCAAACGAAUUCAGAUAUCGUUGUCUGCUUCCUGGAGACAUUGCCAUGUGCCAGAAUGAAAAAGAAAUCAUUCAGGAUAUCUUGCAAGGUCAAGGAGUCAAAUAUGAAAACGAUUUUAAAAUUGGUAAGUGGAAAAUUUUAAAGCGAACACUGGAAGAUGGUUCAACGCGUCGCGGCUUUGAAAAGAUUAUCCUAAAAGUUUUCUGAAAUUCCGAAAUUUGAAGACCUAAGGUUUUUAUAAUGAAAAUUCGAAGUUAUAUCCUCAACCCCUCCGCGUUGAGCCAUCCCAAAUGCUGCCCGAUAUUCUCAAAUAUUGAAAAAGAAAGUAUACCUCUCGAAUUUCCAGGAAACGACUACGUAUUUCUGAGGGAGAAACUAGCGGAUCGCUACGAAACCUUGCAGUACACGACUUGCAGAGACGCUGCCUUCAUGAUUCAAAAGACCAUAAAAGGGUACAUUGCCCGGAAAAACUACAAGAAGAAAAAAGCCGCUAUUGUCAAGCUUCAAGCUGGCGUAAGAGGAUGGAGAACGAGGUGAAAACUUUUGAGAGAAGAAAUUAAUGGAAUAAUAUUUUUUUAGAAGAGACUAUGCGUCGGAAAGAGAAAGAAUUCUGGCGGAACUUGGAAAAAAACGACCAAGAGAAACAAACGACUUCAAGCUUAUCAUAAGGCGUUUGAAGAGAACAAUAAUAGCGAAAAUGUGGGGUCUUUGAGAUUGAAACAGCGUAGUGAGCUAAAACGAAAAAAAUUGAAUUAGAUAUUUUUCCACAUUUUCAAAGCCUUUUUAGUUGUUUUGACUGAAAAUUUUUCUGAUUCGAUGGAAGAAGAUCGAAAAAAAAAUUCUGCUAGUUUCCGUCAAUAUUCAUAGAUCACUUUCACAAAAAAAAAAGCAAGAAAUGAAGAUUUGCGUUUCUUCAGUUUUUCUUGUUCUGAGCGAUCCGAAAAUAUACGAUUAUUUUCACUUGAACGUUAAAAAAAGCCUAAUUUAGAGAUUGAUAGUGGCUUAAUCGGAUGCAUUGUCUUUUCUAAAAAAUUCAUGAAUCUUUUCAGAUCACUUCAACCACACUCGUCGGCUGCAUUGACAUCGACGAAAAUGCUCAGAAGUUGCUAGAUAGACCAAAUUCUUCGGUGAAAAACACGGCUUCAGUCGUAACGAACUACUUGACUAUUCCCAUAAAAAACUUUCUUCAAAGUUGCCCUACUGUCACUGUGGAACAAUUCGCAGAGCAAAACUUCAAGGUUGAAUCUUUUUUUUUGAAAAAAAAAAGAAUUUUGUAGGGUCACCUGUUGGAACCUCGCCGAGAGCCAAUAAUGACACCGUUUCUUCCUAAAGAAAGCGAGAUUGACUUUCGACUUUCUGUGGAGAUCUUCAAGCUUUUGUUGAAGUACAUGAAUGAUAACAAUUUGGAGCACAGUAAUCGAGACGACCUGGCAAGGUAUUACAUAGCGCAGGUAUGUAUCGAAGAAAAGUUCGGAAAUUCAAAUAUAUUUCUCCAGGGAAUAUCAAAUCCUUGCCAAAGAGAUGAGAUUCUUGUUCAAAUCGCUAAUCAAGUUUACAAGAAUCCAAACAAAAUCGCGGUUGAAAGAGGAUGGAAACUCAUGCACAUGGCCAUUUCUUCGUUCCCUCCAACGGGAAAACGUCAUUCCGAUGCUUAUUAGGUAAAUUUUUUUCUUUAAAAAAAGGAUAUGAACCUUCUAUAAAUGAAAUUAUUUUUGUUGGAAAUGAACUUUGGAUAAAUUAAGUAGGUAGGUAGCUUUUGCCGUUUCAACUACCAAGUUUUUAAUUAUUGCGCCUUUAAGAUAUAAUUUUCUAAUUACAAUAAAUUAAAGUUAAACUUCAAUUUUUGAAGGAAUCGUGGGGAAAAAUUGAAUAAAAAAAUGUGCAAAUUGAAGCUUCGCGAUUUCAAAUCUUUAAGUACUAACUUUCAAAUAUGUAUCUCUAUUUUUUUCUUUUCCAUUUGAAUAAAUCAAUUUAGUCUUAUUGAAUGUCACGAGAAAAGAAAGAACUGCCUUUAAUGGUCGAUUCCAAAUCGAUAUAUGAGAAAAUCGCAAAAAAGGAGGAAAAUUAACAAUAGGAAAAUGAAAAGCCAAAAUAUUACGAAAACUGCUUACAAAGAUUGGGUGUUCAAGAAUCGUGCAUACACCGUGCACUCUCACGCCAAUUUGCAGACUUUAUUUAUAUUUGUUGAAACGGCGGUUUUCAAUAAUUAAAAACUUCCUAUGAGCUUCAGGCUAACUUAACUUGAAACUUAAUUAUGCAAACAAAAGGCAUGAGCAUAAUAACUACCCAGCUGGAAAAAAAAUAAUGGGCUGAAAUGAAACUAAGAAAAAAAAGUGCUUCAGACUCUUCAAACAGCAGCCGAACGCACUCCGAGAGCAGCUUUUCUCUACUUUACAGAGGCGAUUGCGAAUUUUCGAUACCUUGGUAAUCGAAAUAAUGAGACUUCUAUUCUCAAAACUGGUUUCCUAGAUUUCCCGAGAGCUACCUUCUUCAAACCUGGAGCUUCUGGUCAACAAUGGAGUUCAGAAUACAGUUGUUGAGGUUCCCAUAUUCGAAUCGACUCCAGAAUGUAUUUAUUUUCAAGGUGUCUUGCUUUGAUGGACCAACUUAUGACAUUCAAGUACACCCAUGGGCUACAGCGGAAGAUGUGGCUGAUAGAAUUUUGAGACAAAGGUGGGUUUUGGGUUUUGGGUUUCUUUUUCUGAAUAAUAAAUGAGUGAAGUAUGAGUUUUCCAGAGGAGUUGGAGCUCCGAUGGGUUGGACUGUCGAGGUGGACACGCCGAAUCGAAUCUUCGCUCCAACUGGGACUCACUUUAUUCAUGACGUUUUUGCCUGCGUAGAUGGUGUAGAAGCCGACGACGAGAAGUCUUUAGAAUUGACUAAUUUCGAUUAAUUUUUUUAUUUUAUAGACCUGUUUUCUACAGUUUUCCUCCCGAAAAACUCAUCAAACCGAAGGAAAAACCAACGCCAAAAAUAGAGGCUUUGGAUCGCGUCAUGUGAGAUCUACAAUCUAUUUGUUUAUUUAUAGAAAUAAUAUCUAGGAGCCCGACGAUUCGGAAAAUAUCUGACCGGCACGGGCGUGAAAACAGUUCCGAUAGUCAUCAAGGAACUUUGCCUCGAGUUUUCAGUCCCGUCAUCUCUAUGAGGUAAUUAAAGGUCAAGGAGCACGGAGAAUGGCUAAAGAGCGGGGAAGUUAAAUUGCGCCCGACACGAAACGACUUGCGCGCGUUGAUAUUUCGAUUUAUUAAGCUAACGCGUUUAACCUACUCUUAUUUGACCAGCGCUUUUCAAGUUGAACCGAAUAAAAUAUAUUAUGGUGAAAAGUUUCAGAAAGUCGUCUCACAACACUCCAAACGACACCUUGAACAGAAGUAUCGAAGAAGAACCGACCUAUUCAUAUACAUUGCCGCUGAAAAACAAAAAUAAGAGCCGAGGUUCAAUGAAGACUCUAAUUGUCUUCAAAAAAAAUAAUUUUACAGUUGAAGAACCUCCAGAGCCCCUGAGUUCCCGUGAAAAGUCUCUGGAAAGAAUCCAAGAUCGCGAAAUUUAUGAAGACAACAGCCAUUCACUGCUCACUUCCCCGAAGAUGCCGAGAAAGAAGUAUUCAAGGCGAGUAAAAACAAAACAGGCAAAGUUCACACGUCCUAAAAUGACUAUAAAUUUUGAUUGGGUCUUUUGGAGAACGGGGAGAAACGAGUUUUUAAGGCCUGAGACUGAAGAAUAUCAGCCAAUCAACUUCGCACCUCCGCCGACCUUCCAGUACCCUCAACAAAUGGUAAUAAUUUGAGAUUUUUUUUUUACAAUUUCUUGAUUUUUCCGUUUUUUUCCUUUUACUACUGAUUCCUGUUUCAUUGCAAACAAUAAUGAUUAAACUUGAUAGGAAAAGUCUUUUCAGCCCUAUAUGCAGUAUGUCCCUGUCAUGAUGCAUCCUCAGCAAAUGAUGGCCCCACAAGGUUUUUUUCUGCGCUUUUUGAGUUUUUUUCACUGAAAAAUCUCAAGGAAUGAUGUCGACAAUGCCAAUGAUGCACCAGCCCAUGAUUAUGCAGCCUCAGGCCCUUUAUUCCUACACCCCUCAAUAUCCACAGGGUACUGAACAUUUUCUCAAUUUUCAUAAUUUUCAUGGGUUUUAGUUCCUCAAUACCCUGCUCCAAUUGAUCCGCCACGUCCGGAGAUACCUUCACGAAACCGUUCACGACACAGUUCUGAAAGAAUCGAGGAGCACGAACCUGACUAUCGAUCUCAAUCGAGGAACCUUGGCUUCGACUCAGUUAGAUCUCGAGGUGGAGCGAUAGACUUUUUAUGAUAUAAAAUCACUAUUGAAACAAACAAAGUAUGUUUCAGUAUUUGAGAAACUUUUCUGAAGUUUUAAAAUGCUUAUUAUGUUCUUUACGUGUUUUACGAGGCUGUCGAGUUUUACGAGGCUGUUUUGCUGUCGGAAGCUUCAAGAAGUUUAAUUUCUUCGGAGCCUUACUGACUAUUUUAAAAUCAUUUCUAACUAGAAAAAAAUUACUACUCCAACUGGUUAUCGUUAAGCUGCAAUUUUUUUCUCAGAUAGUUUUUGACACGUAACCCGUUUAAGGUCGGGUGCACAAAGAACAGACAUUUUUUCAGGAAAAAAAGCCAAAACUUUGAAAAAUAACAAAAACUAAGUUCUGUUAGAGCCAAGUUUCUAUUUAGGUACUAUCCCUGAACACUUGGAUGUGAGAGCCAGAAGCCGCGGAGAUGUUCCUAGCGAAUAUUCCACCAUGAGUGUGGCUUCAAGAAUCCGACACAUGCCUGUUCCGGAGAAUUCGAAAGACGUUGACCGUUUUUUGGACGCAGUUUUCGAUCAGGUCAGUGUUUGAAAGAUUCCAUCAAACUUUUGGAAAAUGAUAGUGAUAUAACUUUUUGUCUCCAGAUUCUAUCACCGGACGAGCACCAAAAAGCUGAGAUCAACCCUGUCGCGCUAGCCAAAACAAUCAAGGGAGGAAACUACAUCCCAAGAGCUUCAUACGAAAAAGUAUGUUUUUCUUUUUUUCCCUUCUUCAAAAAAACAAAAACACUACAGCCGUCUUAUAACGCCCACCGCGAUCCAUAUCAACACAAUUCACAUUACAAUACGAUAACGAAAAGGAGAGAUGAAGGUGUUCCUCCUACAGUAAGCGGAAAAUUAUGAAAAAAAGACCAAAGUCAAUUUUUUAGAACUCCUCGCCAAUGAGAAUGAGAGCUCAGAGUGUGCCGAGACAUGUCGCGAUGCAAAAUGAUGGAUAUAUCAAUAUGAGACGAAAUUAUCCUCCAAAUAUGGUAAAUACUAAAUUUAUUAGAGUGGCAGGAAAUAAAUGUGUGUAAUAACUGAUGAGCCAGUUUCACAGGCGUCUGUUGUGGAUCCCGUCUAAUGGCAUUUUAAAAUCGCCUUUAUCGUCGAUUUUUUCGUGUUUUUUGAUUUCAAAGGUCUUUUCGCCUAGUGAAUAGCGCAAAAGCAAUUCAAAAUGUUAACUAUCAGAAAAAAACAUCAAUGGUAAUCAUAAUGUUAAAUGGUGCCAAGCUUCUGAAUUUGAUGUGUACUUUUUGAAAUAACCGGAAAACUAGGUCCGCGAAUACAGUUUUUGAAAGGAAGUUUUCAGAGCUAUGUUUCUUAUAGAAAAGCGGAAUGAACGCCAGCAAAUUAUAUAUCAAAUGACGCACAAGGACAAGCCUUUUUCGACAGAAAAUACCGUUCCAAAUAAUAUUGCUUCUUGGAUGAAUUAGAAGCCGACAAAACUACCCGCAUUUUUCCUUGUCAACCUAAUAUAGAUAUUUGCUUAUGAUAACUUAAUUUUCUACACUUUAGAGUGCUCAAAAACUCUCAAACAUUCUGAUUUCUUUUUUCCGAGAGCCGAGGAACAAACUUCGGAACAAGAAUGAACUCAAUAGAAUCAGAAUUUAAAAAACAAAUCAUGAAUUCAUGCAUUAAAACUGACCAGGACUGUGAAGAAAAAGUUAUAAUCACAAAGUUACGUUUUUUGCUUUUGAAAAUAUUAAAUUUUACUGUUUUAGCUCUACUAAAUAUUAUUCAAUGCAAAAAAUAUAAAUUUUUAGCAAUUUAAUCAUUGCCACCGCACGCAAGUAGUUUCUGGUCUGGCCCUGAAAGUCAGUUCUUUCCUAUUUUCAACCUUGCUACUUCUCCUUGAAAACCUUUUUCAGGAUUACUCAAGCGACCAGUCCACUUCCUCUGAAGAGCAUUAUCCCCAAAACCGCGGACGAUCUAGGGAACGCUACCAAAAACCAAAGAAUGGAUCGUCCUAUGGACAAAAACAGCCGGUUUACAUGAUGAUGCCUGUUCAAGUCAAUGGUAGUUUUCUUGACUUUUCUCUUUUUAUUCUCGUUUUUUUAAGAAGAUGGUUCGAUGCAGCCGGUUAUGAUGUCUCCUCAAAUGAUGCAGGAUUUUGUGAGUUACUGUUUCAAAUGCUUUUUUAAACGAUCUGCAUAUUGGCUAUCUGCAUCUGACAUAAAACGGACUGCGCUUUCUUUUAUCGAAAAUCUUAAUUAAAUACACAGACACCUUUCGAAAGAGCUAAUGAUUCCAUCCUGAGAGAUUCAUUUUUACACAAAAAAUUUUUUUAGCGCAUGCCUUCCCGCAACGACUUUGCCUCCCCUAAUUCCCAGCGAUCGAGGUAAAAAAAAUUCAAAAAACUCAAAAAUUGAAGAACUUUUCCAGGAAAGUUCACCACUCAGUGGAUCGGAUGUCUAGAAGGUCUCCUUCCGUGGACACUUAUCAAGCAAGGCCGCCCAUGAUCAGGUUUGAGCUUCUUCUAAAGAUCGUAUGGAUAGUGUCGUGAAAUUGUAGAAGGACGCCUGACGACGUGGAGAGAAUCCAGAUGCCUCAGAGAUUGAGAAAUGUGAGAUUUCAUUUUUUUAAAAUCUAAUUGGGGACAUAAGACUUCAGAAAAAUGCAAAAUUUAGAGAAAUCAGGCGCCAUGCUGUAAUGAAUUAGGGUGUACCAAAAAAAUACUUUUUUUCACUCUCAAUUAGUUUUUUUCUCGCUUGCAAUAACUCUGUGGAGGAAGUUUGAGAUUUUCUUUGAAAUUUUAAGUGAUUUUUCUUGAUAGUUCUGAAUCGAAAAACUUUCUUACAUUUCGAAAAGAUAAGGAUGUUUCUGGAAACGGGAAAAUUGUUACAAAAAAACUUAUGAGGUCCAAAGAAGAUUGUAGAACAAAAGUGAGUGAUAAAAUAAAACCUCAGUCGGCUUCUCAUACCAAACCAUACUCUAUUCAUCCGCCCAAAUGAGUCAUAAACAUGUAAUCGAGUUCCUGGAGACGGAAAAAUAAGGUUUUUGACACAUCGACGGCUGGCACGUCGCUGAUGUCUUAUCAGCCAUGCCAGCGACGUUAUCGCCACCUCGUUUAUGUGUGGUUGUAUUCCCCGUGUACAACUCAUCCAUUUGUGUUGUGCAAUCAUUGCUCGUUUACUUUUUGUUAUUUUGAUUUUGUUCCAGAAAGUGCGUGCAGUAGGAAUGAGGUGGAAAAAAGCAAUUUUAACUUUUGAUAUUUUGGAAACUAGCCAAAAUUGCCAUUGAUCCUUUUAAAUUUGAGACAAAAAAAAAGUUAUAAAAUCACAAAUUUAGAAAAAUUAAUGUACAUGUUUACAACAGCUAUGGGAUGUCUCGAGUAAAAUUGGUGGUAUGAAAAAAACACUAGCGAAAAUUCGAACGGCGACUUUUCCGAUUUUUUCGUAUCGCUAGGGAACUUUCCGACGGCCACCUUUCCGACGAAACUUUUCCGACUUUUUUUCCCUUAUAGUUUUCAGUUUUUAAAACAUCUAUAAACAUUUUUUUUCCCAUUUUUUUGUGUUUUAAUCAUGAACCAACCACCUACUUUAUAUAGGAAGAUUUAAAACAAAAGAUUUUUAUGAAGAAAAAAAGUCGGAAAAAAAGAUUCGUCGGAAAGGUGGCCGUCGGAAAGUUCCCUAGCGAUAGGAUAAAAUCGGAAAAAGUCACCGUUUGAAUUUUCACUGGUCUAAUUUUUUUAUACCACCGUAAAAUUCUUGAAAAAAACUCAUUUUUGUAGCUGUCCCUGAAAAAGGUUUUUUUAUAUUUUUCCACGAUUUUACCCGCUUGUUUUUCUGUUUCGAGUAACGUUUUUUUUGUGAGUAUCACCGAUAAUAUUUUUGCAAUUGGAUGAUAUUUUAAUCCUUUAGUGGUGAAUCGAUAGAGCUCAAUAAGGGUUGAAAUCGAAUUUUUAGCAGCAAAAAGGCUUUAAAGGGAAAGGAUGAUUUCAACGAGUUACGCAGUUGUUUAUUUUUUAUUUGUUGAUUUUUCUUCCUAGUCAUUUUUUUCGAAGCAAGUUAACCACGAUAUAACCAGUUUCUCAAAUUUCACUUUUUCCUGAGAUUCUCACAAGAGUUGUGAUACUUUUUGAGCUUUUCUCUGAAUUUCUCAUAAUUUCAGAGCGAAUCCCCUCGAAUAGUAACACGACCUCCUCCGCCGCCGUACGAGACUCUCCGUUCACCUCGGGCUGCUUCGAGGAGCCGUGAAAGGUUUGACGACAAGACGACGUCUUUAAACCGCAAAAUUUAACUGCUCAGAAUGGAGGCGCCAAUGAUGACGCGCCAAAUACCUCCGCGAAUCGACCAUCGAUAUGCGACGAGCAACACAAAUAAUGCCGCCAUUUCUCCAGAACCGAGAGUAAUUUUUGAAAGACAAAUUUGAGGUUAAAUAAAUCAAGGAGUUUGGUCAUUUUCCAAUACUUCAUUUCUAAGUUUUUCUGUAGCCUUUCUUCUCAAAUUUACUUAGAAACUAUAGUGCUAAAAUGAGGUACCAAAACAGCUCUAAUGACCUCUUUCCAGGGCUUGAACCGGCUUCCUGUUGAAAAAUACACCGAUCCAGCUGUUAAAAGCUCAAAAUUGAACUCUGAGCAUCUGAAUCCCAACAAAUUCAACGUAGAGUAUGAAAAAGCAGUGGCUCAGGCCGAAAAAAACAAAAGCAAGGAGGCAAUCAACAAGCUGAAUGAUCAGCUAAAGGUCUGCGAUUUAAAAAUUUGAAACUGUGAAAUGAAGUAAAAAUUAUGAUUAAUUAUUAUACUCUCACCUAACCCAGCCACCACAAAAAAAAAUGAGGAUUUAUCGAAACUUUUGAAAAAAAAGAAUGAACCUCACUUACCGGUUUCAGUUUACCUAACUCACAUUACUAACAGAGAUUGCCACCACCAGUUGAUAACGUCGUUGUGAUACGUCCACGCGUUCAACGAGUUGAAGAAUUUGAAUUUGCACCGGCGAUUGAAAGGCCGCAACCUCAGCCGAUCUACGUCCCUCCAGAGCCUGCGCCUUACUUUGUCCCUGUGAGAUUUGGUAUUUUUCAAAGUUGAAAAAAAAAAUUUAAAAAUCGCACAAGUUGAGAUUCAUUGAGAAUAUAACAAUAGCAAAUUAAGCCUUAUUGAAUUGAGAAUAAAAUAUUUGUUUCAUAAAAAAACUUUCUGAAAACUGGAAUAGGCUUUUUUUCUUGAGCCCGUAAUAAACAAGCUCCAACAUAGUUUUCUUAAAACUGCAAAAUGUACCAAAUUUUAAUCUUUUUUUUUCUGAAGUCUGCACAUCUAACAAGUUUGAACACCUUUUUAACAAACGCUCUCCUAUUUUCAUAUUUUUUAACUUGAAAAACUUAAUUUUCUUGUUUCAAAUCCGCUUGAAUCCAACUUCAUCGAGAAAAAUAAUUCCAGCCACCAGUUGUUGAAACACCACCACCGCAGCCGAAAUGGAUUGUGGAGGAUUCAGUCGACAGACCGGAAAACUUGCAAGGAAGGACCAAGGCUCCAAAAAAUGGUAAUCUAUCCUUUUCUGAUUGUUUCGAAUGCGUUGUUCAUAAAGAGGCUCAAAAAUCUAAGGUUGAGCCAUUUAAACUUAUUGAAAUUCGCUUCAAAUGGUCGUGCUUUGAUAAAAACUAGCCAUUCCCGAUGCGACCAAAAAAUACGAAUUGGAAGAAACAGUGAAGUUUUUUCAGCCACUCCGUCUCCUCCGAUCCCCUCGAAAACUGUAGAAAAGCCAGCUUUCAAGUACGUAAAAGCGCCGUGGAAGCUUACCAUCAGAAAAGAGGUUUUUUUGUGGCGAAUAUUCAAAAAAAAGCUGUUUUCACAGAUGUUCUACCCUGGAGAAGUUCUGAAUGACAUCCAAGUUAUCGACCAAGUUUUUGCUCAAGUUAUCGAAGAUUGUCGGAAAAGCUAUCCUUACAGAAUCCGUCUGUAUGAGAGACAACAAGUGGAGGAAAUCCUUCGUGAGUUGAAAUAUAGAGGCACUUUUCUUCUCUGACUUCUCUUCGUAAUAGAAUCUGAAUCGGAGCCCUUGACGUUUUCUGAACAACCGACCUGAAAAGUGAAAACUUCAGGAGAAGACAAUGUUCCGCCGGAGCAUCUGAAUAAUCAAACAAGCAUCCAUCCCGACACGAAAGUGAGAAUCAUUGAGAAUGCUCGUCAGUGGCCAAUCUACUUCUCUCAGAUUUAUGAGGUGAGAAAAACUUCCUUUUUUAGGUUAAAUUAUGGUUUAGGUCAUCGAAAUGCGGACAAAAGAGCUGGUCAAUGUACUUUUUUCCAUUUCGGAGCAUGGAGUCAGAAUUCUUCUGCACACGCCUCACGACCUCGAGAAUCCCCUGAAGGUUCAGGAUCAUUUCCCGUGAGUCAAUCACUAACCUUUCUGUUUUAUAAUCGAGAUUAAGAUUUGAAACAAUGUUGGACGUGGUCUUGGAAUCGUCGGACAUUCUUGCCAUCCACACUCGUCAAGAAGGAAACCGGGCGGCUUUUACAGUUCGCAUCAAAACGAAGCAAGCCGCACAGAUCAAGAAAACUUUGGACAAAUGUCUGUCUGGUGAAGUUGAGGUUUUAUCAUUCGAUAUGUCCCAAACUGAAAAAGGAUUCUAGAAAAGGAAACUUGUGCGUGCUUUGGAAAACUAUGCGACAAAUGAGCCCAAUCAUCUGUCUUUCAAUCGAGGAGACAUUAUUGAACUUGUGAGUUCCAGAACUUGCAUAAACUUUUUUUUCUUACCAAUGCAUAUUUGAAGCUUUUCAUCGAGUCAGUAAAAAAUUUUUUGACGUCAGUUUUCUUACAAAAUUUUUCUAUGAGAACUUUAGGUGAUGAUUUUUUGAAUUUUUUUUUUCCUUUCGCUGGAUUUUUUAUCUUCUCGAAGAUUUUUCGUGAGCUAUACAAUCUCUGAAUUUGAGAAAAAAAAAUAAAGCCUCAAAAAAAAUUUUUUAGCUCCCAGCCCCAGAAGGUGAUGCUCCUCCAAUCGGAAACUGGCUCUAUGGAAGAAUCGGCAACCAAUUUGGUUAUCUUCUCCCAAGAUACGUGGACUCUAACUUCUCGGUGAGCCUUUUUAUUUCAAAGAAAUGAGAGACAAAAUUUCAGGAAGACAUUCCACCGCUUCGAUUCGAGUCAAGUGAUGAACGGGAUGAACACGAGAAAUUUUUUGUCGAAGAGGAAACUUUGGCCAAUGGGAAGUACACGAUGCUGGAAUACGCCAGGAAACGUUUCAGACAGUCGAAAGAGUCUAAAAGAAGUAAGCUUCUUCUCUUUGAAAUUCCAAAAGUUCAAUGAAUAUUCUUCAGAAGACGACUGGACUUGGAACGAACUGGCCCAGAUGAUCAAGUACUCUCAAAAACCAAUAACUCAAUCUCUCCACGCUGUUUUCAACGCAGAGGACAGCAAAUCUUCGGUCGAGAUGUUCACAAGUAAAAUUUAUAGAAAUCCUUCAAUUUUCAAAAUACACGAAUUAAGGUCUGAUGAAGUUCAUGGGAGAUAUCGCUUUGAAAAAAAGCGAGACUUUCACGGACGUGGUCUUCAAAAUUUUGCUCCAAUGUCACCACAACCUGUCUCUGAUUGAUGAGCUUUACUGUCAAAUAAUCAAGCAAACAACGAGCAACGUUUCUGUUAAGUGAGUUUUUCUCUUGGUUUCUAUCAAAGUUUUCCCAUAACCACUCUGAACAUUGUAAAAUAGCUUUAAAAACGUGACUCUCCACAGCGCCCGACUCAAAACAAGUUGCGCGCAAAACCAUGAAACAAUAUUAUAGCAAGCUUGGCUCUCAGACUGAUUCCAAAAGUUGUGCGUGUAUAUUUUAUUUCAAGAUCCUGUUCUAAAAUAUGGAUAAACGAAAAAGGGUUUUCGAAAAUGAAAGAAAGAUGAAAAUCAUUCAGGAUUGAGCGACGUAUGUAAUUAUUGGUUAGAAGCGAAAUGUAUACCAUUAGAAACAGUGAUUUCAUGUAAUUUUCCAGAUCUGACAGCGCUCUGAGAGGAUGGCGUCUUUUGACAAUCGUCACCGCUUAUUUCCGGCCCACCGCCGCUUUUCAGCCAUAUUUGCAGCAAUACUUGGCUGAGAAUUCCGAAGAUGUCCAACGGCAGUACCAUGGUAUAAUAUUUCAAAAAUCCUGACAAACGAAAAAUUUUACAGGAACCGCAAAGACUUGCUUUGACAAUCUUCAACAAACUUUGCGUUAUGGAGGCCGGAAAGUCCUGCUAAGCGCCAUGGAACUUCAAGAAGCUACAGUAAUUAAAAAUUUUGAAGCAAAGAUGAGUUUGAUGUUUCAGGAUGGAAACACCAUUCGUCGACAGAACUUCAACCUUUCAAAUAAUCACAACUUGAUUGUCAAUAUCCGAAGCGUCACGGUGGUUGAAGAAGUUAUACAUGUAAGCUUCAUCUUUCUGAGAAAAAAAAUCCUUUUUUUAAUUCCCAGGAGCUUUGCAAUUCUUUGAAUGUCAGAAGCCUUCACGAACAGGAAGAAUUUUCGCUAUGCUAUGUCAGUGGAAAAGGUUCAUUUUUUGAUUUUUAUAACUGAAUCAUCCAUAAUUUCAGACAAGAAGCUGAGCUACUGCAAGAUGAACGAGUACAUUCUCGAUAUCUGCACGGAUAUGGAGCACAAGAAGAUUCCAUUCCAAUUUUACUUGAAACGGACUAUUUGGGCCCAUCCUUUGAGGUUGGAUAAUGCCGCUUACAUCGACACAAUGUUCGAACAAGUAGGUUUUUUCAUAAUUAAUAAGCUGAUGAAAAAUGAACAGGUUAUUGACGAUUAUCUCCGUGGUACUUACAUCUCAACGAACUCUUCCGGACAACUUACUGCUUCAACGACGGCAGAUAUUGUCCGAUUAGCGGCGCUUCUUCAUCUCCUGACGCCGGAGAAAAAUAAGCCAGUAAAAACGUGAGAAUUUCCAUAUUCAAGCUUUGGAUAAAGAAAAAAUCAAGCUUGAAAGUAAACCCUGCAAAUAUGAAUCAAUAACACUUUGCUUUAAAAAUCUUACUUUUCGUUCGAGGCUUCUCUGAAAAUUUACGAAAUGUAAAUAAAUCUCCUAUAUACCCUCAGAAGGCGUGCGACCGACCUUUCUGAUUUUCGCGUUUUCAUAGGAUCUAACCUUGACGAAAUUUUUAUAUUAGAGAUAUUGUAGAGCUUUCGGCAAUGUUCAGCAUUUAGAAAAUUUUAAUUUUUUGAAAUUCCAACGACAUCCGAAUCGCAUCCCAAGCUUAAUUUUUUGACGAGAAAAGCACUUUUUGCGGAAAUUCACUAUUUGUCAAAAAAAACUCGAAAGCACCUUUUUUGAUAAAUGGGCUGCUUUUCUUCAACUCACAUUUUCAGCAUUCAUCCCAUGAUUUUCAGGAAGCACCUGAACCAAAUCUUCCCAAAGACAGUCUUCGAGCCUAAGCAUCGGGCCCAAGAAGAAUGGGCAAAUCGAGUCAAUCGGGAGCUCGAAUUAUGCAGUCCUGCUUUGAGUUCGGCUCAAGUCAAGGGCUCUUUCUUGGAGCUUCUUUCCACCUGGCCUCUUCUUGGAGUCUCGCAUUUCCGUCUGAGAUCCGCCGUUGAAGAUGGAGCUGCAGUACCUGAAACAACUCUUUCUAUCGGAAAGGAAGGCGUCCAACUCUUGCAGCCAAAAUCUCAAGAAGUGUACAAGCAGUGGAGCUACCAAGAGGUAUAUCUUUGAUUUUGAAACAGUAAAGUGAUGAAAAAAAAAUUUUUCAAUUUUUUUGGUUUUUUUCUUAUCUAGAAAUACCCUUAAAAAAACUGCUUCAUCGUGUAUGUUUUGGGAGUACUUUGAAAAUAUCAGAAUCAACCAAAAAAUCUUGUUUUUUUCAGAUAAUCUCCGUGGAGAGCAUUCACAAAACGGCGUUCAAAUUGGUCCGAAUUAUGACCGGAUCUCCAGAAAACCCACGAACGUUGGAAUUCCAAUCGGACAAAGUGAAUUGAGGUUCUCUUGAAAAAAGUAAUAUUUAUUUUCAGGCUGAUGAAAUAACCCAUUUGAUUGGACAAUACCUCACCAUUCAACAGGGCGACGUCCGACGCUCUACUGAAUUAUGA